GGAGCCUUCAAGCCAUCCAUCCGCCCACCAACCCGGCGAGGAAGUAACCAGCCCGGGCAGCGGAGCCACGCACCUUGGGUCACGCCACCCUCCCGCCGCUGCUCCUCCGCGGGACUUAAGCGGCACCUUUUCUGGCUGGCUGGGCGGGUUGGCGGAGGAAGUUCCCCCCGCGCUUCCUUGGAAGGCUGAGCAGCUGAAAGUCGAGAUAACUUAAGUGAGGAUUCUGAAAUCAGAGAGCCUUCUCUCAUUCUAAGGAAUAUAAUGGCUGAACCAGAUUACAUAGAUGAAGACAAUCCUGAACUAAUUAGACCUCAGAAACUAGUGAAUCCCGUAAAAACAUCUCGAAAUCAUCAAGACCUUCACAGAGAACUCCGCAUGAAUCAGAAGAGGGGUCUAGCUCCUCAGAAUAAGCCAGAGUUGCAAAAGGUGAUGGAAAGAAGAAAAAGAGACCAAGUUAUCAAACAGAAGGAAGAGGAGGCACAAAAGAAGAAAUCAGACUUGGAAAUAGAGCUACUCAAACGACAACAAAAAUUAGAACAGCUUGAACUUGAGAAGCAAAAGAUCCAGGAAGAGCAAGAGAAUGCACCUGAAUUUGUCAAAGUCAAAGGCAACCUGAGGAGGACAGGUCAAGAAUCGGCAGAAGCUCAAACCACCUAGAGGAGGAGCCACUAAGACUUGAAGCCAUUCCCUCAGUGGCUGCCAGGGAAGAGAUUUCUGCAGGAUGUCUCACCCAUUUGCCUUGGAUCUGGGUGAAAAAUAUGGUUAAUACGAGGUCAAUUUCUGGAACCUGUGUGGAUUAAUGACUGCACGACAGAUAAAACUCGCCAAUAAUAAUAUGGAGAUCAGAGGAUAAACGAGCAACCUGUUGUCACUUGAAAGACCUGUCCAAAGUACUUGACCAGGGAAAGAAUUUGAGUUGUUACAUUGCUUGCUUAUUCCUGAUCCAAGCUUAGUGGGUAUCUCAGGCUAAUGUGUGUUAUUUCCCUCCUACCCCCUUCUUGUUCAUACUUUGUGGAGUUCUGCUAUGCAGAAAAACAAAGUGUUCUGAAACCACUUCCCAUUACAUUCUGUGUGGUAACCCUGUUUCAAAAAUGUACAGUCCCUCUCCCCUUCCCCCACCCACCUCUCUGAUGUAAAUAUAAUUUCCUUUAGACUUGAAGUUGGAUUUACCUUGUCCCUGUAUGGGCUGCAUCACCAUCACCACGGGGGGGACUUCAAAAAUAAGCAGUAGGAAAAACUGAAUGUGUUCAGUCAUUGAGCAGCUAUAAGGUGUUAUGAGUCACCUCUACAUUUGAGUGAAGUGCACAUUUGAAACUGUUCCCUCUCUUUCUCUCUCCACCCCACUUCCUGCAUCCUUCCUUCACCUUCAUUCAACUUCGUUAGGCAGCCAACCUGCUUCAUCAUACUAUUCUUCCUGUGUAAUGUUCACUUCCUUUUCCUGUGUAAUGUUCACUUCCUUUUCCUGUGUAAUGUUCA